AUGAGCACCACCACUGUAACUCAGACGAUAAUCCAAGGAGGCGGGAUGGAGGCCAGGACAGUCAAAGAGCCGACUGGGGCUACAUCUUUCAAGGAGGUUCCAGUCAUUGACCUCUCACCCAUGGAUGGUACAGAUCCAGCCAAAUUGGAAGAGCUCGUAUCACAAGUCUACGACGCCUGCACUCAGGUUGGCUUCUUCUAUGUGAAGAACCACGGUAUCUCGCACGAGACCACGGAGAACAUCAAAGCUCAAUCAGCACGAUUUGCCAAAGAGCUCCCAUUGGAAAAGAAAAUGGAGCUAGACCGGCAGUAUAAUGAGUUCCAUCUGGGUUACGGUCCAUAUGAGACCGAACCAAGGCCCGGCGCUCUAAGAGCCCACCGGUUCGAAAGCUUCAUGAUCGGCCGCGAAGCCCAAUUUGACAGAGAGUACGGCAGCAAAGUCGGCCCUGAGCAAGAUGCGAAGAACCAGUGGCCCCGAGAGGAGGAUCUACCAGGCUUCAAGGCGACAGUCGGCAGCUAUUUCGGAGACGUGUUGUCUUUGAGUCGAAAACUGAUUCAGAUCAUUGCCUUGUCUCUGAAACUUGACAAGACGUUCUUCGACGAUAAACUCGACCGGCCGGGUUGCUUGUUGUCGCUCAACUACUAUACAGAGAAAGCACAGGAGUCUGGUGCCAACGCAUCCAUCGCCGCGCAUACCGACCAUGAAUUGUUCACAAUUCUCCUACAAAGUGAAGGUAUCAAAGCGUUGGAGGUCGUCAACAGUGAGGGCUAUUGGGUGCCUGCUCAUCCAAUUCCCGAUACAUUCGUCAUCAACAUUGGCGAUGCGCUGGCAAUCUGGACCAACAACGUUUUCCUUUCGACGCUGCACAGAGCCACGAACGCUGGAGGGGUGGAGAGAAUCUCGGUUCCUUUCUUCUUUGGUGCCAACUACGACACUGUGAUGCAUACUCUACCCUCUUGCAUUUCAGAGACCAGACCACUCAAGUAUAAGCCGGUGACGGCUGGGGAGCAUUACCAGAUGAAGAUGAAUUCAUCGUACGGGAAGAAAGGUUCUACAACCUAGAUAGACCAAUAUACUUUUU